UAUGUACUGUCAGUGUUUCAUUGAUCUUGUUGUUAAGUUGCAUUCAUCAAAAGUUAAAGAAAGAGUUCAACUUCAAAGACUUUGUUAUAAUCUCAACCACAUUUGAUAGAGGCAAAAGAUGGAGACGACGCUGUUUAAUGACGGUGAAGAAGACCCUUGGCUUGCUCCAGACAAAUUCUACCAUGUAAUAUUCUGCUUCACCAUCUCUCUCCUCUUCUCAACUCUCGCUUCUCUCUCCCGCUACUCCUUCCUGCGGCGUCACUCCAUCUGGAUCGGAUCUGCGUUCUCACUCGCCGCCGGUGCGGCUAAAGAAGCUGCCGAUCAGUUCGGUAUCUUCCCUUCCGCAGGUGCCUCCGCGAGAGACGCCGUCGCGGACUCCGUUGGAGUGGUCAUCGCUGCUUUGCUUCUCUUCAUUUGGAAAUCUCGAAGAUCACGUCCGGAUCCGGGUCAAACCCGACCCAUCCUGCCCAUUUGAAUGUACUGUAAUAAAGAGGAUUAGAUGAGAUUUGAAUUUUUGAGUUUAAAGUUGAGAAAACGAUGUUUACUUUCACUGAAUUCAAGAUAAAAUCUCUUUGUUCAUCCUCGAGAUUAUCGACAAGCACAGAACUGCUCAAACUGUUAUCGGUUCUGGUGAACAAUCACCGGUUCCGGUUC